GAAACGUCUUAAUUAAUUUAGCCAAAUGACUGUAACUAAAUAAAACCCGUUUCUGGAAAUAGCGCCCUUUCGUUCACUUAAAACCCUAUCAUUUUCCUGUUGUUAGUCUUCCAUAAACCCUAAUUGCAGCUCCUUCCCACUUUCUCAACUCUCUUUGCCACCAUGACUACAGAAACUGUGAAUCCAAAAGCAUACCCACUUGCGGAUGCGCAGCUUACAACGACAAUAAUGGACUUGGUUCAACAAGCUGCUAAUUAUAAACAGCUUAAGAAGGGUGCUAAUGAAGCUACGAAGACAUUAAACAGAGGAAUUGCGGAAUUUGUUGUCAUGGCAGCAGACACAGAACCACUAGAAAUCCUUCUUCACCUUCCACUCCUUGCUGAAGAUAAGAAUGUCCCUUAUGUUUUUGUUCCUUCAAAGCAAGCUCUUGGUCGAGCAUGUGGCGUUACCCGACCUGUGAUUGCUUGUUCUGUAACGAGCAACGAGGGAAGCCAGUUGAAAUCACAAAUACAGCAACUGAAGGAUGCUAUUGAGAAGCUUCUUAUUUAAAUUUUGAGCAUUUUCAGCAUGAGGAGCCUCAUAGAUUUCUAAAGUGGAUUCAAUGCUCUGAGGCUUUGACUGAAAGCAGUUACUUCUUUAUCUUAUCUUUUUCCUUUUUUUGGUUUCCUCUCUUGUGAGUAUGUGAAGACACAACAUAUUUUGUUCGGAAGUUAAAAAUCAAGUGCCCGUUACUGUUUAGCCUGAGUUUUCAUGUAUCAUGUGUACUAUAUCUAUUUUUAGGGUGUACUGGUUUUAGAAAAAAUAUCAUGUUGCGCCAGCACUUGCAUACAGCAUUUGGUCUAAAAUUGAGAGGAUGUUUGUAGAUUCUA